GCGGCGCAUGACGACAGAGGCAACACGGAAGCGCGGCGGCGGAGACUCCACGUCACUGGAGGUGCACUUGUGCGCGCGGCCGCGGCUCCACUGCUGGGAAUCUACUCGGGCGUAAAUGAGAGUCUUUAGCUGCCGGGCCGGAGGAGCUGUGGGCCUCGUGAACCAGCGGAGAGCGGGCGGUAUACGGGAGAGCGAGCGGAGCGGGAAUUCUGCAGAGUGUCAACUUUGAUGCUGAUCCUUGAUGGGCGAAUCCGGGCAACGCCGCUCCACCCUGGUCUCCAGGUUACCCAUCUUCAGGCGGAGUGCAAAACAGAGGCAGGAGUCGCUCCCUUCCUCGCCGUCCUCCGGAGGUGUGGGCAAUGGCGUCCACACGUCUUCCCCCUCCAGCACCAACUCGAGCUCCAGCAGCACAGGCAAGCGCCGCAGCCUGUUCCGGACACCCUCCAUCAGCUUCCACAGCAAGAAGAGCAGUGAGACACGCCUCGACCCAGCCCAGCUGAAUCUGGACGACCGCAGCCAAACAUCUGAGCUGGGCUUCAAUGAAGGCUGCAACUCCAAGACGCGACAUUCCUUCGGUUUUGGAGGUCACAAGAAGAAGAUCAGCCGCUCUCAGACGGAGGACUUUGAGAAAGCUUCCACCAACCGCAACGUGUUCAUCAACUGCAUCAGCUCAGGGACUAAUGAAGGGGACGAUUCAGGGUUUAUGGACGAUGUCAGCAGCAAGAGAUCCUCCAGGCACAAGAAGCAGCUGCUGCCCAAGUCCUUUUCAGCUCACCAUCGAUUUUCCAAGAACUCCCCCAGUGCAAUAGAACAAAGUAAAGGCCAGGAUGGUGCAGCGGAGCCCCCUAAGACGGGCACCCCUGGUUCCUGGCCUGGAGAACUGGGGGAGAGCUCGCUACAGUCUCCCAUAAUCUCUGAGGACCGCACGACUGCCAUCACGCCAUCAGACUUCGUCCACGUCACUGAGGACUCUGUCUCAGAAGUGGACGCACUGCCUGCUCCGAGUCCAGCCGCACCACCUGAAAAUUUCAGCCAGGUCGUGUCUACCUCACAGACGUGUUUCAGCGCAGCCCAGCCUGAUCCGGAGAAGCCUAUACUGCCAGAUUCUAGCCAAGCAGCCGACACACAAUGCGAGAGCACCACGGUCCUCACAGAGCCAGAGACGGUGCAGACUGUGGAGAAGCUCCAGCCUGAACAGUCGGAGGCAAGUGAGAGUGAACCAGCCGCGGAGCUGAGUGAGGAGAGCAGCUCUAACCCUGAGCCCAGAGAGAGGAGGCCCAGGAACACAGUCCUCAUUCAACAGCAUGGAAAAACAGGCGGUCUGGUCAAACUGGAGAGCAGGCCGAGCCACCUGAGAAAACCCCACACAGUGUCCAUGUGCAGCAGCAGCCCGUACCACGAAGUGAUGAGGAUGGAGAGGCGUCUCCGCUCGGCCUCUGAGGGAGCUGGAGGACCCAGACUUCAUCUAAACCUCAAAGAGCCUCACUGCAUGGAGGCCAGCACCCUGGCCAAACAUAGAACCAACUCCUCAUCUUCCAAACUGGGCAGCAUGGAUGUUCUAAACAAUCUGGGCUCUUCUGAGCUGGACGAGGAUGAUCUGAUGCUGGACCUGGAGUUAUCAGACGACCAGAGACACAGACAUGCUUCUCAGGAGGACUCCAGCCAGUCUCUCGCCUCCUGCCUCAACCUGCUGCCUUCCCCCAUGGAGGCCCCCAAGGAGAGCAGAGAGCACCACAGGGAGCCACGGCCGCUGUCUUUGUGCUUGUCCAGGGAUGAUGAGCCCCUGGCUGGGUUAGAGGCCCUCCCCUUCAGGCUGAUGCAGCAGGACUGCACGGCGGUGAAGACUCUGCUGCUGCGACUGCGCAGGACGCUGCAGGAGAGCACUGAGACCAGUCCUGCCAGCAGCCUCCAUUCUCUACCCAUAAGUCCCUGCAGUGAGAAGUCGCUCGCUCUCAAGGAUCCAACCAGAGAAGAGAGCCAGUCCCUCCAGCAGCAGCUGAAGGAGAGAGAUGAGCUGAUCCUGCGACUGCAGGCUGAGCUGGAAGCUGUCCGACUGGUACAGAAACCCCUUUGCCAAAAAGCUGACAAAACAACCCAGACAGAUCCCGCAGUCUCAGAGGCCAUUCAUCCAAGUCGAGCCACAAGCCAAAACAGCAGCAGCAACAGCAGCAGCAGCAGCGGCAGUCUAACAAGGGAGCGAAGGCCAGCACGACCGUCCACCGCCGAGCAGUGUAGGAGCGUUCCAGCAGCAGCAGCUGCAGCAGCAGGCCCAGAAGAACGUGCUGGCCUGAAUGGAACCUUGAGCCACAGUGGAGCAGCAGGAACGCGGGAGGUUCUCCCAGGGCAGCGGAGAAUAGAAUCAUCUGAGGUGGCUCCGCCGCGUAAGAUGGAGCAUCUCGGGCCAUCGCAGAUCCCCCGCGCUGUGGCCGGCAGCAGUUCCAGCCUUCCCAGCAGAGCCAGCCCGUCCCGCAGCCUGUCCUCAGACAGCGAGAGGGGGGCGGGGCCACGGAGUGAGAGAGGAGCUCCGCAACGGCAGCACUCAUCCUUCACCGGACGCCUAGGCCAACCACCCCGCGGCCCCCUGUCUCUGCACAUGUACAGCCGCAAGAACGUCUUCCUCCAGCACUCGCUCCACACGGCCGAGCUGCAGGCUCUUGCCCAGCAGGACGGCUGAAAUCACACGCACACACUGUACACUACACACACACACGCACGCACACUCCAGUUCAUUCUCAUCCAACAAGACAAAAAUGAUUCAGAAAUGGAAAGCCAAAAAAAAAUUAAAUAACACUUUCAUUGGUGUAAGGCUCACGUACAUCUCUGGAAAAAAUGAAAAGACCACCUCGGUUUCUGAAUCAGUUCAGUUCAGUAAAAUGAACAAUUUUUUAUUCUAUAAACUACGGACAACAUUUCUUCUAAAUUUCAAAUAAAAAAAUUAAUCAUUUUGAGCAUUUAUCUGCAGAAAAUGAGAAAUGGCUGAAAUAACAAAAAUAGAUGCAAACCUUUCAGAGCUCAAAUACUCCAAAAAAACAAAUUCAUAUUUAUAAAGUUUUAAGAGUCCAGAAAUCAAUAUUUGGUGGAAUAACCCUACAGUUUUUAAUCACAGUUUUCAUUCAUGCGUCUUGGCAUGUUCUCCUCCACCAGUCUUACACACUGCUUUUGGAUAACUUUACGCCUUCACUCCUGCUUCAAAAAUUUAAGCAGUUCAGUUUGGUUUGAUGGUUUGUGAUCAUCCAUCUUCCUCUUGAUUAUAUUCCAGAGGUUUUCAAUUUGGUGAAAUCAAAGAAGCUCAUCAUUUUAAAGUUGUCUUUUCAUUUUUUUUCGGAGCUGUAAUUAUUCCAAUUACGCUCAUCGUCCAAAGAAAAAAAAAAAAUAUAUAUAUAUAUAUAUAUAGUUUUCUGAACACACACUCUGGUGUGCUAUUCCAGCAGGACAAUGCUCGUCCACAAACUGCUGCCAUCGUCUGGAAUGUUGCAGUACACAUGCAUUACUUCUGCAUGGGUUGCCCAAAAUAGUUGGCCUAUAUCAGUUUACAUUUUUAAAAAAUUAUUAUACCUGGCAACCCAUAUCUUUUUUCCAAAUACAAAUUGUAAUCCAACUUUUCUACAAAAAGAAAGUUCCUGAAUCACUCUUUCACAAUUCCAAUCCUGAUUUUUGUCAUCUUGGAAUAUGCUUGUGUAUUCCAUCAGGGAAGAAUUCCAAAAUGCAUUGAUGGAAUAACCUGGUCUAUAUUCAGUAUAUUCAGGUAGUCAGCUGUUUAGACAGAGGAGAUCUAAAAGUUAAUCUUUAUACAGUUGGCCCAAAUCUACAGUUUCUUAUGCUAUUACUUUUUUGAGUUGUCCGAAAAGACAAGCAGUUCCAUUACAUUUUGGUGAGGAGCAUUGACAUAAAGGAAGGAAGCCAGUCCGAAAUAACUGAAGACCUUUUGGAGAUUAUUGAGAGACACUGUCCUGUGAAACCACUCCUCCUCCACAGCCAUUAUUUUGGUGUGGACAGUCAAUUUUAGUGAUAGCGUUCUGCUGCAUAGCAGCUGCUGUCUACAGUGUCCAAGAUUCUGUCAAUUGUGUCAUUGUCAGAUGAGUGUGAACGGGACUACACACACACACGCACAAACACACACACACAAACACACUCCUACUCAAAGAACUUCGGCAUUCGUCAUUCCAUCUGCCUCCUCAUCGAGGUACUUUACACUGCUGUUUGACCUCUGUUCACUUUCUCGAACUUGUGAACUCUUCAGCUUUUUGUUUUUCUUUUUCUUUUUUUUUUUUUUUUUCCUUCUUAAGCCUCAAUUUGGGUUUUUCUCAGCCAGUCAUACCAACAGCUCAGCAUGAAGCUCUGUUGGCCCUUUUGGACCUGCACAGGUAGACCUCAUUAGCCGCUGUGUGUGUCAAGACCAAUACUGCUCAGUGUGGAGCUGCAGAAGCCAGUUCUCACUGACCCUGCAUUCGCUGCUGAAAUACUGUAAUACUGACCUGGAAGAAAUCAUCCAGCAAUGUGAACGUUUUGCUCCAAUUGCUCCAAUUUAAGUUUUUUUGUUGUCUGUUUUUGUAUCUACAGAGCCCCUAAAAGGAUGUGGUCUAUUUUUGUAAGGGAAAAAUUGAUGCUUGCCAGGUACUGUGUAUUGGCGAACACCAGAUACUAUGUUGUGAGCACCAAAUAGAACAGUAAGUGGUGAGCAUCAGAUACUAUAUACUGAGUGCUCAAUAUUCUGUAUUGGUGAACACCAAAUACUACGGUACCACUUUAAAAUAAGACUACCUCCAUAAAGGGUUUAUAAAUUGUUUACAAUUAGUUUAUUAAUGCUUACUAUUUAGGUUGUAAAUGC